AUGUCUUCAAGAGCUAGACAAUCGACCACCACAACCACCACCGCACCGGAACCACAGCCACCACCACCAUCAUCAUCAUCCACCGCCAUCUCCCAAACACUAACAAGCACAGCAAACCUAGCCAAACUCCUCCCAACAGGCACCCUCUUAGCCUUCCAACUCCUAACCCCCAUCUUCACCAACAACGGUUCUUGCGACGCCGCCACCCGCCCCUUAACCGCCGCCCUCCUCAUCCUCUUGGCGACCUCGUCCUUCCUCGCCUGCUUUACCGACAGCAUCAAGUCCGACGACGGCCAACUCGUCUAUGGAUUCGCAACUUUGAAAGGGAUGUGGGUAUUCGACUAUUACGAUCCGAAAAUUUUAAUCGAUUUGAGGAAAUACCGGCUGAGAUUGAUCGAUUGGGUGCACGCUUUGCUGUCGGUGUUGGUGUUUGGAGCGGUGGCGUUGAGGGAUCGGAAUGUUGUGAGUUGUUUUUAUCCGUCGCCGGGACGUGAAGGUCAGGAGGUUUUGGACAUUGUUCCGAUCGGCAUCGGUCUUAUUUGCAGUGCUUUGUUUGUUGUUUUUCCGACUAGAAGACAUGGGAUCGGGUAUCCAGUUACGCGAGAUAAUAUUACAGAUUGA